AUGUAAAUUGAAGUACCAGUUGUAUAUCAAUUCGAAUGUUUUCGUAAAGGGAAGAAUGGAAAUAAGAAAUACUUGGGAAUAUUAAGACAAGAUAGGUUGGAUUUAUGUAAGGUAUCGUUCGUUGAAGACAUUGAUAUUUUAGGAUAAUCAUCCAAAUUUCAAGUAUUCUUUGCCAAUUUAACUCUAAACGCACAUAAAGUGGGAAGUGGAGGAGGACAAUUUAGAUGGGAAGAAGCAUUACAAAAUAGUCUCAUUCAAAUUUCAAUAAGUGCUCAAAUUUAUUCUAACAUUCAUUAGGUUAAAAAAAUAAAUGAAAACCAAGUUGCCAAAAUAACAACAUUUUGCAGCGAUGAUAAAACUCUAGCCGUUUUAAAAGAGCACUUGAGAAAUAAGAUCAUCUUUUAAAGAAUUCAAGAUUUUUACACUCCCCUCCAAACUUUAGGCAAGGGAGCAUCUUCCAGAGUCUUAUUGGUGAGACACAAGAACACAGAAAAUUAUUAUGCAGCAAAAUGCGUUGACAAAUCCUACAUAAACGAAACUGAAAAUGGACUAGAAUCAAUGUUUUAAGAGAUAGCCAUUAACAAUGAACUAGAUCAUCCUUCCUUUAUAAAAUUGCAUGCAGUUUAUGAAGGAGAUAACACAUUCUAUAUGGUUAUGGAUUUAUUGGAAGGGAAAAGCUUGCAUGAAGAAUUAAACAAUCAUAAAAAUGGGUUCCCAGAAGAUACAGUAAGGAACAUUAUGUGGUAAAUCCUGACUGGAAUAGAAUACAUGCAUGAAAAAUAAAUUAUGCAUAGAGAUUUGAAACCAGAAAACAUAAUGUUAUUGAGAAAAGAUGACUUGAAUUCUCUUAAAAUUGUUGAUUUUGGUUUAGCUACAUACUGCAAUGCAAAUAAAUAUUUAUUUCCUAAAUGUGGUACUCCUGGAUACGUUGCACCUGAGAUAGCUAAUCUUGUUGACAAAACUUUAAAAUAUGAUAAAGUUUGUGAUAUAUUUAGUGCUGGAGUGAUAUUUUUUAAAUUAAUAACUGGAAAGGACCUCUUCCCAGGAGUUGGAUUUAAUUUAGUAUUGAAGUUAAAUAAGUAGUGUAAAAUUGAUUUAACUCCCUUGCAAAUGAAAAAAAUUGAUCCAUAACUCAAUAAUCUAAUCCAGAAAAUGCUUGAAAAGGAGCCAACUCAAAGAAUAACCUCAUCUCAAUGUUUAUAGGAUCCAUUCUUUAUUCCUUGUUAUCAAGAGAGUGGCAUCCAAGGGCCUGCUAAAUUAACAACCUUUCAAAAGAAGCAAAUGUUUUCAACUUGUGGAAAAGCUUUCACUACUGAAUUUUAAAAUGAAAACCAAAAGGGAAGUCCCUAAGAUAGAAUUGAAAAUAAAGGAUCCUUUGUUACAUAAGAAAAUACAUAUAGACCAAUUUAAUAAAACCAAUAGAAAAUUAUCUAAAAAUUUAAUACUACUGAAUUUGAUCAUAUUGAUCCCACUUAAAGUCCAUCAAUGGAUAAUGUAAAAAAACGAUUUUAAAAAGGGGAUCCUAUAGAAGAAGAGGAUGAAAAAUGA